CUGAUUAAUAAUCGGUCCAGUUCGCUUUCCUGAAACGAAAAAUUUCUAUCGGGAUAAGCAUGGCUGUCACUUUUCCGUACCAAAAUCUAGGAUUUCGCGGCUUUUCUUUCUGAUUUGUUGCUUCAUAUGUGCCGACAAGAUGGGCAACACUGCGUUAUGUACAAUUUUUCAAAAUGGAUAUAUGGAAGAUUCAAUGACUGAUGAAUUUGUCGUCAUGCAUUCCAAUUUUAUACGUUAUUAAAACAAAAUUCGUUUAAUAAUGAGAGUGUUCACCGUUUCCGUAAGGAAUGAAUAAGUGAGGGUGAUCAGGCGUUGACAUGGAAUGUGUGAAUUAUACCGACUACUGAAGAAGGAUUAAUUGUAAUGUUUGUAGUGUCGGAUCAUGCGAUAAACCAUGACGGAGUUAUUAUCAUGAGAAGUCUGAAUCUACAGACAUUUGGUGUCACCAUGUGAUUGAUAAAUAAAAAUUGGCGAAGACACUCCGUAUGAAGAUGACUAUUCCAGAAUAUAUCUUGUGUGAAUUUGGUAGCAGCGAUGAAAAUGAAAUACUAAAUUCCACGGAUACUGACAACAACUCGGCCGAAAAAUCAGACGGAAGAAAAAAAUUCUUUUUCAACUCUCAACUCUAUUGUAAUAAUCCAACCACUUUCGACCUAAUAUUUCUAGUUGUACAUCAGUGAUUUAUUGGAGGCAAACGUAAACGAAUACAUCGGUAUCAAUUACUUCAACGUGAUAUUUCGACAUGUAUAUCGUCGCAAAAAUUUUCUUCUUGCUGACCAUUACUCAUAUCCAUGCUCUUCCUGAUAUAAUCAGGAUAGGGGGCCUGUUUCAUCCACUGGAUGAUAAACAGGCGGUCGCUUUCCGUUACGCCGUAGAGAAGAUCAAUGCAAUUAGGGAUAUUCUACCUCGAUCGAGACUCAGUGCUCAGAUUGAGCAAAUUUUACCUCAAGAUAGUUUCCAUGCAUCGAAAAGAGUAUGUUACCUGUUGAACACUGGUGUCGCGGCGAUUUUUGGCCCACAAAGUGCUCAUACAGCGUCCCAUGUGCAAAGCAUCUGUGAUACCAUGGAGAUACCGCACUUGGAAACGCGCUGGGACUAUAGGUUUAGGAGGGAGAGCUGCCUUGUGAACCUGUACCCACAUCCCACAACAUUGUCUAAAGCGUAUGUUGAUCUUGUAAAGGCCUGGGGAUGGAAAAGCUUUACCAUAAUUUACGAAAACAACGAGGGAUUGGUGAGAUUGCAAGAACUUCUGAAGGCGCAUGGACCUAGCGACUUUCCGAUUGCUGUUCGGCAGCUCAGCGAGGGUGACGAUUAUCGGCCAUUACUGAAACAAAUAAAGAAUUCAGCAGAAUCACAUAUCGUACUCGAUUGUUCAACAGAAAGAAUUCAUGAAGUUCUUAAGCAAGCGCAACAAAUCGGCAUGAUGAGUGACUAUCACAGCUAUCUUAUCACCUCAUUGGACCUCCACAGUGUCGAUCUCGAAGAAUUUAAAUACGGAGGAACAAAUAUCACUGCCUUCCGAUUACUAGAUCCCGAAAAACCGGAAAUACAGAACACUGUCCAAGAAUGGAUCUAUGGUGAACAGAGAUACGGCCGGCAAUUGCAGUUGGGCCAAGGAAUUAAUAAGAACAAUAUCACUACUCUCAAGACUGAAGUAGCUUUGAUGUACGACGCUGUGCACCUGUUUGCCGAGGCCCUUCACGUAUUGGAUACAUCACAGCAAAUAGAUAUUAAACAACUGUCCUGUGAAUCUGCCGAUACAUGGUCACACGGUUAUUCACUCAUCAAUUACAUGAAAAUCGUGGAAAUGACGGGGUUAACAGGCCUGAUAAAAUUCGAUCAUCAGGGAUUUCGAUCGGAUUUCAUGCUCGAUAUAAUUGAAUUGAAUAGCAAAGAGGGAUUGAAGAAAAUUGGCACAUGGAAUAGCACGGAAGGAGUGAAUUUCACUCGUACUUUUGGCGACGUUUAUACCCAAAUUGUUGAAAGCCUGCAAAAUAAAACUUUCAUUGUCACGACGAUCCUGAGUGCACCGUACUGUAUGCUAAAAGAUUCAAGCGAAAAACUACAAGGGAACGCACAGUAUGAGGGAUACAGCAUCGAUCUCAUUCACGAAGUCUCGAAAAUAUUGGGGUUUAACUAUACUUUUCGCCUUGUGCCAGAUAAAAAAUAUGGCUCUUAUAACAAGGAAACUAAGGAAUGGGACGGCAUGAUAAAGGAACUAUUGGACCAAAAAGCCGAUCUUGCUAUUGCCGAUCUCACUAUCACAUACGAUCGUGAACAAGCCGUCGAUUUUACGAUGCCGUUCAUGAACCUCGGAAUAAGUAUACUAUACCGAAAACCCAUCAAGAAGCCCCCAAAUCUUUUUUCAUUUCUGAGCCCACUGAGUCUCGAUGUGUGGAUUUACAUGGUGACUGCUUAUCUUGGCGUCUCCAUUCUCCUUUUCAUCCUAGCUAGAUUCACACCUUACGAGUGGUAUAAGCCCCGACGGUGCGGCAGAAAUUGCACACAUAUAGAAAAUCGUUUCAAGUUAAUCAACUGUCUGUGGUUCACCAUUGGCUCUUUAAUGCGCCAGGGUAGCGACAUUUUACCCAAGUUCAGUCCAUAUGAGUGGGAGAAUUCCCACACUUGCAGCGCACAAUAUGAAGCCUGCGAGAACGAGUUCACUCUUCUCAAUUCGCUCUGGUUCACCAUAGGCUCACUCAUGCAGCAAGGCUCUGAUAUAGCACCGAAAGCAGUGUCAACACGGAUGGUUGCCGGUAUGUGGUGGUUCUUCACGCUUAUCAUGAUUUCAUCAUACACAGCCAAUCUAGCUGCAUUUCUCACUGUUGAAAGAAUGGAAUCACCGAUUGAAAGUGCUGAGGAUCUUGCCAAACAGACCAAAAUAAAGUAUGGGGCAUUGGCUGGGGGUAGCACCGCCGCAUUUUUUCGGGAUUCUAAUUUCUCGACCUAUCAGCGCAUGUGGUCCUUCAUGAAAUCGGCCAAACCAAGUGUAUUCACAAAGAGCAACGUGGAAGGUGUAGAGUGGGUUACAAAAGGCAGGGGUACUUAUGCCUUCUUGAUGGAAUCCACAUCGAUAGAGUACGUAAUUGAGAGAAACUGCGAAUUGACCCGCGUUGGAACGGAACUUGAUUCCAAAGGAUAUGGAAUUGCAAUGCCCCCAAAUUCUCCGUACAGAACUGCCAUCAGCAGCGCCAUUUUAAAACUUCAAGAAGAAGGAAAAUUGCACAUAUUGAAGACGCGGUGGUGGAAGGAGAAACGGGGCGGCGGGAAAUGCCGGGAAGAUAACCAGAAAGCGGGUUCUACCGCUAAUGAACUGGGCCUGGCAAAUGUCGGUGGCGUUUUCGUAGUACUGAUGGGUGGUAUGGGAAUAGCCUGCGUUAUAGCCGUAUGUGAAUUCGUAUGGAAAAGCCGAAAAGUAGCUGUUGAAGAGAGAAAACAGAAAUCUUCAGGUAAACCAAUCUGCGAGGGUUUCACCGAUCUUCACUAAUUCCCCUGAAGCAGCAUGUGCUAGCGGUAGUAUCACCAAUAUUGCCAUAAAUUUAUAUGGAAAUUCUACGGGCUGAAGGAGAAAAAAAAGACAUUAUAACUUGUAUCCUACAAGAUUUUUCCCCUCAUCUUUCCAAUAAAAUCAAUGUGGUUUCAAAUUUAUUAUGAACAGGGUAGAAUAUGCGUUACCAGUAAAAUCCAGUCAUUGUCAUGCUGAUAGUCAAAUACCAAUACAUGUUUUAUCUGGUUAAUUUUACAUGUAAUCAUUUUUAUGAUUAUUAGAACAAUUUAUGAGGCCAACGUCAACGCAUUCAUGGACUACUCAUAUCAAGUUUCAACAUUUGUAAGCUAAUUAUGGAGCCAUCAAUACACUUGUAUA